UGGCAGUGGCCAUGCUCAAAAGACAGGAUGGUGGUAGCUGGCCCAUCACUCUGCCCCACUAUGGUUGAUCUUAUAUGCUCACAAGAAACGGUCAGCAAAGCACCAGCUCCCCCCCCGUCGGUCUGUCUGUCUCUACUUGUCUCAGGCUCAAACCGAAUCCCCUCCUGCGUUCCUCACUUGAGCUGUGGCAGCGGUGGAGCAGCAGCCUGCCCACCCCGCCAGGACAGCUUAAAAAUCCUCCGAACUCGCAGUUUGCGCGAACUGUGCUGUGAAGACACCCCUAAGACUGUCGGCUACUCUUUGUUCGGUGUGCACAGCGCCUGGGGUCAGAGGCUCAGUGGUGGUACCACAGUACUAUCACUUCACAGCAGCCCAGGCCUGCGACACCAACUCUGCUUGGUUACAACGGCACCACACUGUAAACAUCACUGCGAUAGCUCAGCGGAAUUCCCCCUUCCAGCUCCGUGGGACCCGCCUAGUCGCUGCUGGAAGCAGGGGGAGUUGCCCAUUGGCUUCGCCUGCCUGGAAUAUGUCACACCAGCUCCAGGUUUAUCAGACUCCCUGCUAGCAGCACCGAUCCCAGGUGUGUCCGCCCCAUACACACAGCGAUUCGCUGGAGACGGCGCUGCCAGGCCCCUUUCUCCUUUGACAUGGCAGCCGUCGAUUAGGGGCAGCUCCUGUUUCAUUCUUUUGGUGAGAGGGGAUUUCCCGUCGCAAGCCGCUGGGCCAGAUGCCGUGUGCGCUGCCGAGUUCGGGGUGGGGAUGGCACAGCUCUUGUGGAUGCCAGAAGCUGGCCCCGGGAACGACUCAAACUUUGCCUCCUGCAUGCAGCUGCCUCAGGAAAUAGCGUCACAGAAAACCACAGAACUUCUGAAUGUAAAACGAUGUGGCCCGGGCCCGGGAGCCUGAUGCCAGAAUUCAAGAUGGCUGCCAAGGAAGAGAAAUGGAGUCAAGCCAACACUCUAGCCUUUCUUGUCCAUGAUCGAUGGUUUAUUAGCGCCUCUCUCACCUCAUUGGCUAACCGCAGGUGAUUGACAAGCACCCUGGUGCAAACGCAGGGCUCUCCGAGUGGCCGGGACUCUCUCAGGCCCGUAACUCGUACACAGCCCAGCCAAUAAGCAGGCAGGGACGAAAACCAAAGCCGUAACCUACAGCUUCCCCCCCCCCCGAGGCUAUUUGUGGGGCACUGAAGCAAAGCAGCAGUGAAACGUCUGCGCGGGCAUCCCGGGGGAGGCUGGAGUUCCCUGCGCCGGCCCCUCCAAGCCGGAGUCCGGUUUCCGGGCGCAGGGACCGGUGGCGGCUCGUCACAGCCCCGGGAAUUGCUCUCGUCUUGGCCUCCUGCGUUUGAUCUCCUGCCAGGCUGCGCGCUCGCUCGGGGCAGUCUGGCGAGGAGACGCCUCGGAGGCCAGGCAGGCUGCGGGGGGGUCACACAACAGCAGGGAGGCUUUGCCAGCCUCCAUCUCGCUGGCUCCUCAAAUAAGAGGGUUUAAAGUUCACAGCAAAGGGGGCCAGUCGUGGCUCCACCUCCCCCCCCACCCCGGCUUCGGCUGGAGCUUUGCAGGGGCGGCUCGUCCCCCUUCAAAGCGUGGGGGGCGAGCAGCCGGCUGAAGCGCAGAUGCCCUGCAGCCAUACAGCACGAGAGCGAGCACUCUGCUCACGGGUGCCCUUGGCUUUCGGCCGGCGGCUGGGCUGCGUGCGAUGAGAGGGCCCCAGCCUGCAGGGCCAUGCCGGCAUCACCCACCCCUGGCACGAGGCUUGCUCAGAGGGGAGAUUUUAUUGGCCUAGGGUCCCCACUCAGCUCUCCCUGCACCAGAGGCCUGUGGACCCGGUGCGUCCCUCCUUGGCGGGCAGCAGACCAGCCCCAAAACACUAGUAGGGCCUACACAAAAACGCGGGCUAAGUUCUACUCAAAGAUUGUUUUUAAAGUCUUGAUUGGGGGUGGAGGUCAGGAAGGGGGCGGGGGACACACCAUGUUCAGAGGGUCAUGUUAGGGUCAAAGCUCAGGCUAACAAUCCACAUGUACUCUGGGGCAGGCGGAGCCCCACACAGCCAUGAUGGGCUCCGGCUGGAGGUGGCCCUGCCCAUUACUGUAGGUGGGAUGCCUGUGGGCCGCUGCUCUACAAGGCAGCCUUGUGGAUGACAAGGCAGCAGGAGCCAGGUUGGGCUGGCCCUGGGCAGGGGCACCCGAUCUGUUUGCAAGCCCCGGCCCCACUGCUGCUCAGUGCGUCAUCUGCAGCGCAAGUGCCGGAUUGACGGAGCCUGCCCCAUGCCAUGGCCGCUGUUGCCACCAGUGGAGGUGCCCAGGGCGGCAGCGAUUAGCUCAUGCGCCGGCCUCUGGACAGACCUCCUCUGUGAGCGGCUGCUGUGGGGCCGGAGAUGCAGAGGGGGCAGCCUGCAGGGAGCAGCGAGGGGGACUGGGGCGGUCUGUGCACAAGGGGUCAAUUGUACACACAGGCCCCAGCUUCCUUCCUUGGCGGAAAGCCACCAGCGAGCAGGGCGAGGAACCACGAGGCAGCUGGGCCGGCCCCAGCCCCAACCGGGACCCAGCCUGUGGGCACUGCAAAGGGAGGCUGCAGCAGCAGGUUUGGGGUUCCUGCCGGCUGCACGGGGAGGGAGGGGCUCUCACCUGGCAGUAGCAGAGAGGUUCGGCCAGUCCUGGAGCCGCCAAAGGAGCCAGCCGGGCUCGGAGACACAACCAGGCCAGAGCGCAGCAGCUGUAACGCGCCGGGGCCUGUACGGCUGUCGGUGCUGUGAACCUCGCUGCAGAGCCCCGCGAGCUCUCAGCACAUGCGCCCCUCGCGGUGGGGCUGGGACGGGCUCUGCACAGCUCAGGCCAUGGGCCUCUGCCAAGCAGGGCUGGAGAACAGGACGGGGGCCGUCCACUCCAAGCUGGGGUGAGGGGAGGAACCUGCUGGGAGUCAAAGGCCCCUGGCAAAGCCCCAAGGAGGGGAGAUGGGACGAGCGCUGAGGGGGGCCUGGGGCUCCUUGCACAGCCGGGCAGAGGGGAGGGGGGCAGUCUCACCAAGCCCUGAGUCAGGCCCCAGAACUCAUGAGAUGUUGGUAAGGCCCGUGCCUGGUUUUUUCGGGGUGUCUGAGUCCCCGCCCCACAGCGGGGGCGACGAUUGCAGCCCUGCCACUCCCCAGGCAGGCGCCAGCAGGACCCAGCUGGGAUCUGCACACGCAGCCUGUGACAUGCAGCUCCAGCUCCCCGCCCCCGGCAGCUCAGGGAUCCCCCUUUGCAAACAAGGGCUCUGCUCCACCCUCCCUGCCCUGGCUCCCGCUGCUCCCCCAAACUCCUCCCAGCUCAGCAGGAUAGUGGGGAAGGCAGCCAGACACGGGGGAGGCAGGCAGGGGGCUGCCUCCCAGCUCUGCUCCCCUGGCAGCAGGUGGGCCCAGCCCAGACCCCGCGCUGCCCCUCGCCACCACACCCCACUUCGGCCAUGGGGGCUCCUCUCGGCCACCCAGAGCCAGGGGAGGGGCAGGGCAGAGAACAGAUGCUUGGAGGAGAGGGGCUGAGUCUGGCAGCCUUGCAACCCCCUCCCCCCCACACACACCAAGAGGCAGAGAACAAUACUUGAAGCGGUUUUUAUUUACAGACCCAACAAAAACCCAAAAUGAAACAAAGGGUCGGGGAGGGGUGUCGCCUAUUGCACAGUACGAACUCCAGAGCUAGGGGGGCGCAGGCACAGCGCAUGGGGAGCCCCCAGUGUCCCCUCCCCCCUCAGUGCCUACUGCCCCCUUCCCAGCCACAGGGGGCAGAGAAAGAGCUUCCCGGGUAGGAGUGAGUGAGAUGGGGACGUGCACAGUGACCCAGCCCCAUGGCAGCCCAGGUGUCCAGCAGGGGGCACGCGAAGGGGCCGUGGGGCCUGGCGUGCAUGGCACCCCGCUCACCAGCACAGCGGUUACAGCACAAGCUGACGGCGGCCAUGGGGAGAAUAAAUAAAUUACAAAAUAUAUUAACACUGACGU